GCGACAUUGAUUUGACAUACCGAUACGAUAUGACAGUCUGCUGAUUAGGCUAGAAUUUUAGAACAAGAAAAGUAUUUGUUUUUGUUUACUGAAUUAAAUUUUAAAAAUAUAUAAGAAUUUUAUGCAGAAAAAUUGUUAAAAGGUUGAUUCUAAGAAAGUAGAGUUAAGACUGUUCGUGGGAUGUCUUCCAAAAGCGAGUUGAAAAAAUUGUCUGAGGAAAGCCUUUUGCAGCCCCCAGAAAAAGUUUUCGACAUCAUUUGUAAAUUGGGAGAAGGUAGUUAUGGUUCAGUUUAUAAAGCACUUCAUAAAGAAAGUAGUUCUGUGGUGGCUAUAAAAUUAGUGCCAGUAGAAUCAGACUUGCAUGAAAUAAUUAAGGAAAUUUCAAUUAUGCAACAAUGCGAUUCUCCAUAUGUUGUGCGAUAUUAUGGAAGUUAUUUUAAACAGUAUGAUCUAUGGAUUUGUAUGGAAUAUUGCGGGGCUGGUAGUGUAUCCGAUAUAAUGCGACUGAGAAAAAAAACUUUAAAUGAGGAUGAAAUAGCAACGAUUUUGAAUGAUACUCUGAAGGGACUGGAGUAUCUUCAUUUGAGGAGAAAAAUUCAUAGAGAUAUCAAGGCUGGUAAUAUAUUAUUAAAUACAGAAGGGCAUGCAAAGUUAGCAGAUUUUGGUGUUGCUGGCCAGUUAACAGAUACCAUGGCUAAAAGAAAUACCGUCAUUGGGACACCAUUUUGGAUGGCGCCUGAAGUUAUAGAAGAAAUAGGUUAUAAUUGUGUAGCAGAUAUAUGGUCCUUAGGUAUAACUGCCUUGGAAAUGGCUGAAGGGAAACCGCCUUAUGGCGAUAUACAUCCAAUGAGAGCUAUUUUUAUGAUACCACAAAAACCUCCGCCAUCUUUCAGAGAGCCUGACCGAUGGAGUACAGAGUUUAUAGAUUUUGUUAGCUUAUGUCUUGUCAAAAAUCCAGAAGAAAGAGCCACCGCAUCUACUUUACUGGAGCAUGAUUUUAUAAGAAAUUCUAAGCCACGUAGUAUUUUAAAUCAAAUAAUAGCUGAAGCUUGUGAAAUUAGAGAACAUCAACGCAUAAAUAGGCAAAGUAUCAAUAAUAUUAAUCAAGCCAAAAGUAUAUUAUACCAACAACAAAAUCAAGAAGAUAAUUUCAAUAUAGAAUCUAACAAGCCUACCGAAAUUAUAAACGAUCCAGGGACUUUAGUACCAGAUGCUGUACAAGAUAGAACAAUGAUAUCAAAUAAAGAUUGUGGAACAUUGAUUCCUGAUAAUGCGACCAUGAUAGAACUUGAGUCAAAUUUAGGAACGAUGGUUAUUAAUAGUGAUUCCGAAGAUUCAACAUUGAAAAAUUUGGAUUCUAAUCAAGAAAAAUCAAAAUAUAGGCCAUCAUUCUUAGAUCAUUUCGAUAAAAAAAAACCAGAAGAGACUGAUGGCGGAACAAUGGCAAAUUUGAAUAAUAAAUUGGAUUUGGAAAAUUCUGAACAAAAUAAAAUUAUACAAAAAAAUAAUAAAAUUGAAACAACGUCAUCAAUUAAUCAAAAUGCUCAAAAUCCUGCAAAUAUAUAUCCAAAUAUACAACAACAAUAUCCUAUUAAACCAACAGCACCGACUGAUUCCAUGAGUGGCCAAUAUCAACAUCAAAUGAUGAAUAUGGAACUAGGAAAUAAUCAAGCUGCUUGUGCAGUUAUUCCACCACCAGUUUUCGAUGCAAACGAUCAUAAAUAUGAAUUUCGAAAUAUUAUUGAUGGUGAAUUUGAAUUUUUAAAAUUUCUCAGUUUCGAUGAUUUGCAACAAAAAUUGGCUAAUAUUGAUUAUGAAAUGGAAAAAGAGAUUGAAGACUUGAAUAAAACGUAUCAAGCAAAACGCCAACCAAUUAUUGAUGCAAUCGAUGCAAAAAGGAAGAGACAACAAAAUAUUAAUAAUAAUUUAAUAAAAAUUUAAAUUCAUUUAUUUUUUUUUUCUUUAUUUUUCUUGAAUUUUGUAAGGGAAAUAAAUGAAAAAAAAAAAAAUAAGAAAAAAAAAAAUGAAUUUUUAAAUAUAAAAAGGAUUAAAAUAACAAAUACAACAGAUAAUCAAUUUAAAUUUAAAAUAUUAUACAUAUAUUAAUUAGAAAAUAUUUUGAAUUUAUGCAAAAGUUCUUUUUCAACAAUAUAAUUUUUAUUAGUGGAAAAUAUAAUUAAAAAUAUGCUGUAGAUUAUUAAAAUGGACUGGUUUUGUAAUAUAAAGAGAAAUGUUUGCAAUUUUUUUUUAUAUAUGUAUAGUUAAAAAUUAUUGGGGGUAAUAUGUUGAAAAGAAUUUAUUUGCACCAUUUGUGCUGUCCAAUAUACGUAUAUAAUAUAUAAUUUAUAUAGGAGUUUAAAUAAAAAGAAAAAUAGUUAUAUACAUUUAUAUUUUAGAAUGAUAUUUCUGGUAUUAACCUCAAAUUAGCUUUUAUACCUCA